CACAACAUACUGAGGAAGAAAAUGUCCAAUCAAACCACUGUGACCGAGUUCCUUCUCCUGGGAUUCUCUGAUGUUCGGGAGCUGCAGAUUUUACACUUUGUGGUGUUCCUGAUGAUUUACCUGGUGGCCCUGAUGGGGAAUCUUCUCAUCAUCACAGCCAUAGCCCUCGACCACCAUCUUCACACCCCCAUGUACUUCUUCCUGGUGAACCUGUCCAUCCUAGACCUCGGCUCCAUCUCUGUCACCAUCCCCAAAUCCAUGGCCAAUUCCCUCAUGAACACCAGGUCGAUUUCUUAUUCUGGAUGCUUCACACAAGUCUUUCUCUUUAUCAUCUUUAUUUCAGCAGAUUUUGCAUUAUUGACUGUCAUGGCAUACGACCGACACAUCGCCAUCUGCCGACCACUGCACUAUGAGACAGUGAUGAACAGGAGAUCAUGUGUCCAAAUGGCAGCAGGUGUGUGGAUCAGUGGCAUUCUUUACUCUGCCCUGCACACUGGGAGCACAUUAGUGAUAUCUUUCUGUGGAGGCAACGUGAUGGAUCAGUUCUUCUGUGAAAUCCCCCAGCUCCUCAAGCUCGCCUGCUUUGACUCAGACUUCAAUGAAACUGUGGCUAUUGUCUUCAGUGCAUGCUUAGCCUUAAGCUGCUUUGUUUUCAUAAUUGUGUCAUAUGUUCAGAUUUUCAAAGCAGUGCUGAGAAUCCCCUCUGCGCAGGGCCGGCGUAAAGCCUUCUCCACCUGCCUUCCUCACCUUACUGUGGUCUCCUUGUUUAUUUGCACUGGGACUGUUGCCUACCUGAAACCGGCCUCCAGCUCAGCAUCAGGUCUGGAUCUCAUGGUGGGUGUUCUCUAUUCCGUGGUGCCUCCAAUGAUGAAUCCGAUCAUCUACAGCAUGAGAAACAGGGAGGUGAAAGGUUCAUUGAGUAAACUGAUAGGUUGGAGGUUAUUCAGCAAGAAUAAAAUGUUCAUAUUUCUCUAUUGAUAGCAAUUUCAUUCUGAAUUUCCUUAUAAAUAUAAUCAGCUGACGACAUUAUUGCCUCCGUGUGAACAUGCAACAUCUUUAUGCAGAAUUGGGUAUUUGCACCUGUAAAAAUCCAGACAAACAUAACUCAAGAAUAAUAAGACUUACUUUAGGUUUACACCAAUGUAAA